GUGAGGAAAAGAAGAAGAAUCUGAGUUGUAGUGUUGAACCUAUAAAGACAAAUAAAUUCUAAUGGUCGCUGUCCGUUCAGGGCACUGUGUGUGACUUUCUGCUCCCUUUUCCCCACUUUUUAAGCAGACAAAACUAUGGACUUGGAUUCCAUGAAAUAUGCGGAGUUACGCGGUCUCGCGAAGCAGCUUGGUCUCAAGGCAAAUAUGAAGGCCGACAAGUUGUUGGAAGCUAUUAAGAAGCAUUUUGAGCGACAAAUGGACACUGAGAAAGACAAGACAGAAGAGACGGAGGCCCACGUCAAUACUGAGGUGAAGGCAGACGAGUCCAAAGAGGUGAUUUUCAGGUCUUCAGACAUGAGUAGUCGAGUGCGGAACGACGCCAAGGAUGAAGCAGGUCGUCAAGCAGCGAGCACGGAGCAACGAAUCAACCUGAAGUUUCUGGUCCGGUUGGGGAAAAGUCCAUCUGAAGCAUUGGGAUUGUUGCAGCAAGUGUACGGUGAUGAGACGAUGUCACGCUCACGUGUUUUUGAGUGGUGCAAGAGGUUUAAAGAGGGACGCGAGGACGUGGAAGACAACCCCAGGAGUGGAAGGCCUUCAACGAGCAGGACUGAGGCCAAUGUGGAGCGCGUCCGGCAGAUGCUGCUUGGCGAUCGUCGGUUGACUGUUCGAUUGAUCGCAAAUGAGCUAGGCCUGAACCGGGACAACGUUUGGAAGAUUAUCACUGAAGAUUUGGGAAUGCAGAAAGUCUGACACAUCCUUACCCCCUAAUCAUAUAUAGAGAGUUUAUAUGAGCUUUUGAAUGAACUGAUGAAAAAUGUCAGGAAAAGCCCACAAAAAUAUCUAAAUGUCAUUUGGGGUAAUCAGUGGCUUGACUUUCAAUGGUGUGGUGACUUUAAUAUGAAUUUAGAGGUGAUUGGUUUAUUUCAAAUGCAACGAUAACGCCAGUUAUAGAGGGUGUGCACACUUAUGCAAGCGGAAUAUCGACGCUGUUUAUUUUCACUUCCCCUCAAAAAUAUUUUAUUUAAAAUGUUUCAAUAAUGUUGGUAACAGUGUUGGAAAAGGUUUUUAAAUUACAUUAUUUAUCUUGGUCUCUCUUUUUUAUGUGUAUUAUUAAAUAUAGUCUUCAUAAAGAGUC